UGAUCGUGUGUCAUCAAGCUAGUUUCUCGCUAAGCCGCGCCGCUGUCGGGAAACUUUAACAAAAACACAGGAGACAACACAAACGGUCGCAGUUUUUACCCCUUUCGGAAGCUACCCGACACAGUAUAACCAUGGACUGUGGAAUUAUCACCUCGAAAUCCGUGCUUUUGCUUCUAAGUUUGAUAUUUUGGGCAGCAGGGGGCUCCCUCGUCUACGUGGGCUCCUAUGUGAUCCGGAGCUACAACAACUUUGACAACUUCCUGGAAGACCGCUUUACCCUCAUCCCCGCCAUCAUCAUCAUCAGCGUGGGCGUGGUCAUGUUUGCCAUCGGCCUGGUGGGGUGCUGUGCCACCCUUAAGGAGUCCAAAGUGGGCCUGAGCUUCUUCUUCCUGGUCAUCCUGGUGGUGUUUGCAGCAGAGGUGGCAGCAAUGGCUCUGGGCUUCCUCUACCAGAGCAGGAUCAAGGGAGACUUGGAGCUCUCGAUGAACAACGUGUUUAUGAAGUAUGACGGGAACAACUCUGAGACCAGAGCUGUGGAUUACCUGCAGCGCCAGUUGCAGUGCUGUGGGGUGCAGACCUACACCAACUGGACUUCAACUCCCUGGUUCACGGGCCACAACGACUCAGUUCCUGUUUCCUGCUGCAAAGCCAACUCAACAGAAUGCACUGGCAGGCUGGAUCAACCCACGCUUCUCAAUACUCAGGGCUGUGAGGCCAAGCUGGUGCAGCUGAUGCAGGAUGUGUUGAGCUACGCCAUGCUGGUCAUCCUGGGCUUCGCCAUCAUCAAGUUCUUCGGGAUGCUCAGCGUGUGUGUCAUCAACUGCAAGUCUGGAAGGAGGAGUGGCUACCAGCCCCUCUAUGCCUGAUCUGUCCCCCUCACCCCUGUCCCCCUGUCCCCCUUACCCCUGUCCCCCUCACCCCUGUCCCCCUGUCCCCCUCACCCCUGUCCCCCUCACCCCCACUCCUGACUUUGGACGCCAGAGUUAAAAGGUUAAAGGAAGCUCCAGAGGUCUAUCUCCCUGCUCCAGACCUCCAACCUGCUCCCUGUCUCUCCUCCUCCUUCUCCUUCUCUAUCCUUCCCAUCUUCUUUCCUCCUUUCAUUCCCCAAAGCUACUAGACAUGCAGUACCACAUUAGAAGCAUUCAGAUAUGCUUUUAUACAUUUAAACACACAUUUACACAACUACACAUUUAAAGUGUAGUUUUACACACGUCUAGUCUGACCAUCCUGGCGCCUUCACCUCCACCCUCUCCUCCUCCACCCUCACCUCCACCACCCUUACCCCCAUCUUCACCCUCUCCUCCUCCACCCUCACCUCCACCACCCUUACCCCCAUUUUCACCCUCUCCUCCUCCACCCUUACCCCCAUCUUCACCCUCUCCUCCACCCUCACCUCCCCCACCCUUACCCCCACCCUCUCCUUCACCCCAAACUAGCCUACAUAGUCAUGGAUGGUUGGUCUUUGAGGUUUGAACAUGUGAUACCUGCCAGAACAGGCUUUUUAAAUGAGUGACUUGAUCCUGCAGUGUGCAUGCUCUCCUGGGGAUCCCUAACCCUCCAGACACCAGGAAGUCCCCCGGUAGGAUUUGAAGGUAGCUCCUGCCAUAACUGACUGCACUGUCUGGACACCAUUCGAGGCCAUUUUAACAGAAGAUAGAUUUGUAAAAGUGAUGUGGUUGCCACUGCUAACAUCCGGGUUUGAGAAACCACUACACUGACUUUUAUAUGAAAUGCUUUGCUUUUGGGUUUCAAAAAUGAACGGUUAUGGGAUUGUUUUUCAUAUUUAGUGUUAUGAGUUGAAUAUUCCAGAUGUACAGGUUGAGUUGCAUGUUUUAGACUUACAGGAAACAGUCAAGUGAAAUGUGAAACAUGCAGUUAGACACCCGUGAUGGUGUGGUGAUUCAGUACCAUCACUUGAGACACAACCACAGAUUUAUACGAAUUUUGAUUGAUUGAUUCACGCCUUUUAUUUUGUAAACUUUGCUUAGAAAGGCUUGUGUUCAGAGGGUGUGUUGAGUGUUUAUUUUGCCAGUUAAACAUUUGCUCUGAAAGAAUUGGAAUUUAAUCCCAGUAGUGAAUACCCUGCACUGUAGUAUGACUUCGUUGUGUAUAUUUUAUUUCUCAUGUAAUAAAAACUAACAAAACAAUCAUUUACAA